AUGGCAUCCCCGUUGCAGUUCGCGUAUCGGACCCAGAAGGCCAUCGGCAUCUUCGACGCCGCCCCGGUCUACGAGCCCCUCGCUGGCUUUUCCAAGCCCGAGGGCAAUCUGCGCUGCUGCGCUUACUCGCAGUGCGGCCGCUUCUUUGCCUGGGCCUCGCCCGACUCCGUCACUGUCGUCAACGCCCUCACUGGACACCAAGUCCUCAGCCUGCCCAUCGCCAAUGUUUACGAGCUCGACUUUUCGCCUCUCGGCACCUUUGUCAUCACCUGGGAGCGCCCGGCCAAGGACGAGGCCGGCGACGCGACCAAGAACCUCAAAAUCUGGCGCACGACGGAAGAAGGCGUCGCCGGAGCCGACAAGCAACCAUUGGGUCGCUUCGUGCAGAAGCAGCAGGGAGGCUGGAAUCUUCAGUACACGGCCGACGAAAAGUACUGCGCUCGCCUCGUCUCCAACGAAGUCCAGUUUUUCGAGAGCCAUGACCUCAUCACCGUUUGGAACAAGCUCCGCGUCGAAGGGGCCGCCAAUUUCGCCCUGGCGCCGGGAAGCCAGAACCAUGCCGUGGCUGUCUUCGUGCCGGAACGCAAGGGUCAACCGGCCGCAGUCAAGGUCUAUAAUGUGCCAAUGUUCCAGCAACCCAUCUCGCAAAAGACCUUCUUCAAGGGCGACAAGGCUCAGCUCAAGUGGAAUAAACGUGGCUCGAGCAUCCUGGUGCUGGCUCAGACCGACGUCGACAAGUCUGGCAAGAGUUACUAUGGUGAAACAACUCUCUACCUGCUCAGCACAAACGGAGCUUUCGAUGCGCGCGUGACCCUCGACAAGGAAGGCCCAAUCCACGAUGUCUCGUGGUCCCCCAACUCUCGCGAGUUCGGCGUCGUCUACGGCUACAUGCCAGCCAAGGCCACCAUCUUCAACGACCGUGCCGCCGUCAAGCACUCGUUCCCGCUCGCCCCGCGCAAUACCGUCAUCUUUGCACCCAACGGGCGCUUUGUGCUUGUCGCCGGCUUUGGCAACCUCGCCGGGCAGAUCGACGUGUACGACUCGGACAAGGACUACCGCAAGAUCUGCACCAUCGAAAGCGGCAACCCCAGCGUGUGCGAGUGGAGCGCUGACAGCCGGUACAUCAUGACGGCGACGACCUCGCCUCGGCUGCGUGUCGACAACGGCGUGAAACUAUGGCACAUCGGCGGCACCCUCAUGUACAACGAAGACAUGGUCGAGCUCUACCAUGUCGUGUGGCGCCCCGCAGCCGCAGAGACGACGGCCAGCGAGGACCCCCUCAAGACCGUGCCGACCCCCCACGAGUCGGCUACCGCAUACCUCGGAACCGUCAAAACCCCGAGCAAGCCGGCAGGCGCAUAUCGACCUCCCGGGGCCCGAGGUCUUGCCACCCCGCUGCACUUCAAGCGCGAGGACGAGGGCGGCGCCGCCCACCAGGUCAGCAACGGGACGUCCAACAUAGGCCCGAACGGCUUUGGACGAACCCGUCGUGCAGUGCCUGGGGCCGAACCUGCCGAUUCGUCUGCGCCGGCGAGGAAGGCCAAGAAGAAGAGAAACAAGAAGGUCCACCAGGAAGGGAGGAUGGAGGCCGAGCCCAACGGCGGGGCCAGCCUUGCGCCUCCGGCUCACGAACGCGGUGCCGGUUCUGGAGGCGAAGGCCGCAGUCCUGAUAGGCGCGGCUCCGUCAACGGCAACGGCCGCGACUACCAACGAAACCGGCCAAAGCAUAACGGCAGCAACCGCAAUGAUGCUCAAUACGGCGUGCGUGCCAACACCGGGGCCUAUGGUGGCGCCACCCCCCCUCAAGAGCCCACCGUUGCCGAGGCGGCGCAGAGCCCUGGUGCCAAGAAGAUCCGUGGUCUUCAGAAGAAGAUUCGGGCGAUUGAGGACCUGGAGAUGCGUCUGGCUGGCGGAGAAAAGCUCGAGGACACGCAGCUCAAAAAGAUGAACACGAAAGGGGCUGUGCUGAAGGAGCUCGAGGCGUUGGAGGGGGAAUAA